UCUUUCGGUACUCAAAGGCGCAGUACAUAAAAACAAAGUGGUUCAUGCACCAUAUUCGAAUAUUUCCCUUAAUUCAAGCCAUCGAAUUUGUGGGCCUAAAAGCGUGACCAACCUGAUCUUUUACACGUGUUGGCUUUGAACUUUCAGUUGGUGUUCCGAGUCACUUGAUCGGAUGGUUGAUAGAUCAGUGAAUUGAGUUGGCCCCACAUAAUGGGCAGUCACUAUCAGAGAUCACAUAUUCAAUCAUAAAUGAGUUUUGGUAGAGGGGACUUUCCCAUCAGCUUUGCAUGAAUUUAAAAAAUUUGGUCACGUUGCUAUGUAAAGCCCUUCCACUUGCUGGAUAUUGGAGGUACUUUUUAUUACACUUUUCAUCUCACCUUGUCUCUCUGAACAUAUCUCUUAUUAAAACCCUAAUUCUAUAAAAUCUAUAUCUUCAGCUCCUCUCAGCACCCCCCAUCCCUCUGCCAUUCUAUCUUUCACAAUUAUCAUCCCCGACUUCCCCAUAUCUCUUUCUCUCAACGCACGCACGCACGCACACAGAAAGUGUAGGACUUUUAAAGGGGAAGAGUAGUAGUUUGGGUGAGAUUCAAUGGAUGUUGACAUGAUGAAAUCCUCAACAGAAGAUCACAUGGAUAUGAUGACAAUGAUGAUGCAAAUGGAAAAGCUUCCUGAAUUCUGUGAGCUUUUCCAGAGCACUUCCCCAUUGCCUAAUAUCCACUUCUCCAAUGGUGCUUCAAGCUCCAGCGACAUAGCCACACCACCCAUAUACACAAACCCCAAUGUUUCUUCACUUGAUACAUUGAUGACCCUCCCUUCCACUUUAUCAUUCAUUGGCAAUAACACAGUUCAAAAACCCAUGACUCCACCUCUCCAGCCCAACAAUAUGGCUACUAGGAACAAGUAUCCAACUCCUUUCAACAAUGAAAAUUCAUGUCCUUCUUAUUCAGUAGAUAAGAAAAACUCCAUGGCAGCAAUGAGGGAGAUGAUUUUCCGUAUAGCAGCAAUGCAGCCUAUUCAUAUAGACCCAGAAUCCAUUAAACCUCCAAAAAGAAGGAACGUGAAGAUCUCUAAGGAUCCUCAGAGCGUGGCUGCCAGGCAUAGAAGAGAACGGAUAAGUGAGCGGAUAAGGAUACUGCAAAGAAUUGUUCCUGGAGGCACCAAAAUGGAUACAGCUUCGAUGUUAGACGAAGCAAUUCAUUAUGUCAAAUUCUUGAAAAGACAAGUGCAAUCUUUGGAACAAGCUACUGUUAACAGGCCAAUGGGUGUUGGGUUUCCAAGUGCAGCCAUGGCUAAUGUGAGCUACUCCUCUUUGGUUAAAGCUUGCCGGCCAUCUCAUCAUCAUCAUCAAGUUGUGGGCAAUAUGAAGAUGUUUACAUGA